AUGGGAUGUGGCCAUUUUGGUGCACCUCCAAAACAGCGGGUCUGGGGUUUUUAUUUCCUUCCAGCUCCUGCCCAACCCCACGUCCGUGGACACCCGAAAGCCGCCGGCGCCGCUGCCCGCCGAGCCCCUAGCCGCGGCCCUGCCCCGUUCCAUCCUCUUCCGAUUGCGAUCGUUUCCAAGCCGCGCAGGCCGCUCGAUGAGACGGCGGCGGCCAUGGCGGGUGGGUGGCGGGACGUGGCCGGGGUGCGCAUCGACCCGGCCGAGCUGUGCUUCAGGGACGCGGUGCCGGGAAACAGCUACCGCGCAGCGCUCAGCGUCCAGAACCAGCGGCUGGGGAGCUGUCGUCUCCAGCUGCUGCCGCCGCGCCGGCCCCAGUUUAAAUUGAUUGUGGAAAAUCCAGAAAAACCUGUUGCACCUGGACUUCGAGUUACAGCUUUUGUGGAAUAUUAUCCUAAGAGUAAAGAAGAUCUUCAAGAUAGACUACUUCUUUUAAUAGAAGAUGAGAUAGUUGAUAUCCCCCUGCUUGGAUUGAUUCCGUGCUGUUGCCUGGAAAUCGAGUCAGAGACUAAUUUUGGUACAGUGAUUGCAAACAGUAAAGUAAUUAGUAAAGAAAUUAGUAUUGCUAACCGUGGAUCAUCUUCAGGUACAUUCAAAGUAUCAUACGAUGGCGCUGUCCUGCUUAACAUAGAACCUAUCAGAGGAGUAGUAGAGCCAAAAUCUAGGAAGAUAGUUAAAGUGGAUAUCUGCACAGAUAUACCCAGAAUCAUCAAAGAAGUGGUAAAAGUGGAGUUGGAAGGUCAUGGCUGCACUGAAGUAUGGGUCAAAGCUGUUGUGGUUGAGCAAGUUCUGAAAGUUCUAGGAGUGUCUUGUGGAAAUAUAUUGGAAUGCAUUAACUUUGGACCAGUUUACUUUGGGUCUUCAAAGACUGAACAAAUAUUUUUAUACAACGAAAGUCCUGAGCGUAUGGACUGGGUAGCAGUACUGGAAGACAAUGCCAUUGGAGGAGAGAUGGGAACAGAUCUUCAGAGGAGUACAGAAGCUGCUUUACAAGACUUAAGCCUCAAGAAUAGAAAAAGAGAUGUAGAUGUUUCCACCUUGAUCUUGUGCAUUCCUAAUCAAGGCACCUUGCUGCCUUAUGAGAAGUCUUUGGUUACACUGUACUUUACUCCGAAAAAAUAUCAAAGAGACUUUGGAGUCCAUGACUCAUCACCAAAGCAAGAUUAUGUACUGUUUCUGAGAUUUGAGGAUGUUGGAAAUAAAGAUGUCUGUCUGGAGGCCCUUGAUGAUGGUGCUACAGCAAUCAAAGUGAAUCAUCCCCAUCACAUGGACUUAGCUUUGACAGGUUCUGGGCUUCCUGUCAUGUUAACUUUUAAUCCAGGACCAGUUAUUAACUUUUCGGACUGUUUCAUGGGCGAACAAACACAAGUUCUGUGCACACUCAAAAAUGAAUCUGAGUCCCUUCCAGUAGCAUUCAGCUUCCGCAAGACUGCUCACUUUAAUAUAUCUCCUGAAAAAGGAAAAAUUACAAAAAAAUCUGCAAAGGAUGUGAUGUUUUCAUUUACUCCACAUCAAAUAGGAACAUUUAAAGUGAAGCAAGUUGUUGAUAUAAUUGGUACGGCGUUUGAGAAAAAUAAUUUUCAGGUUCUGAAGACAAAAUCCUUUCAUCAAAUAUAUUUGAGCUUUAAUGGUGUGUGCAAAUCUAAACGAGUAAACAUUCUAUUCAAAAUUAAUCCUGGUAUAACACCAAUGAUUUCCAAUGCAGUUGGACAGUUUGUAGCUCAUGGCACAAGACAGUGCACUGAUACAGCACCUGUGGCAAUACUUAAAUCAACCCAAACACAAAUUCAUACUCACCGGAUAAACAGGAAUCGUAAGGGUGAUGUACUUACAGCUUUUCCUAAUGAUCGGGCAGCCAGCAUUAGGCCUGGUGAAUGGAAUAAAAAGUACAGGACUAUUUUCACAAAGACUGAAAGAUAUAAUUAUAUAGAUCCAGAGUUUUCUUAUACUGACUAUGAACGUCUGUCAAAAGAAGCACAUAAGAAAUACUAUGCAGACUUCAUUUCUAGUUUAAGACAGUGUCGCUUACUGAAAGAUACCACUAGGCAGUUUUAUAUUUAUAAUAAUUCUGUAAACAUAGGCCUUCAACCAGCUGAAGGGCUUAUGUCACCUAAGAUGUCAAUCACAGAUAUUCACAAGGAGAAGACACAGUUCAAAGUGCUUCCUUUAGAUGAGAAUCGCCUAUUAACUAGUCAAAAAACAUCACCAAUUGGUUUUAAAUCUUCAAUCAAAGAUACUUGGAGCGGGCUUAAUGCUAUGCCAUCUUCUACCAAGGAAAAGGAAGACUGUAAUCUAACUUUGACAUCAAAGCAGCUUCAUCAAAUACUCAUAGGUCCUUCUACUAUGGAUUUUGGUGAUGUUUGUGUGCAAUCUACAACAUUCAGGAAACUGCACAUCGUCAAUAACUUGUUAGUUCAUAUAUGGGUACAAAUUGAUAUUGAAAUCGAUGAAUUACAGAAGUCAGGUCCAUUGUCUCAGGUGGUGCCCCCUCUUACAAAGACUCAUGUUCCAAUUGCAUUUGAGACAAAGACUCUUGGAAUGUUUAAAAAAUCUUUCACUUACACAAUAAACAGCCAACAUCUUGGGCAUGUGCUGGUAAUUGCAAAAGCAGUGUCUGUUGAACUUGAGCUGUCUGCAAGAGAAGUGAUCUUAAAUCCUAAUCCUGGCUACCUAGCAGAGGCAGAAUUUAGAACAACUGUCAGGGUAUACAAUCCCAGAAAUCAUCCUGCUAAGUUUACUUGGAAACCUGUAAUGAAAAAUAGAAAAACUGCAUUUUCUGUACAGCCAGCCAAAGGCUUUGUGGAGGCCUAUAGGGAUCUGGAGUGUGAAGUUGUUUGGCAUCCAGGGUACAGCUCUCCAGAAGCAGGAGAAUUCAAGUUGUGUGUGCGUAAAGGAAACACAGUUACGUUGAAAUGUUUUGCAAAGCUUGGUGCUACUAAAGUUCAAUUUGUGGAACAAAGGAUACCCUUCAGUCAUAGUCCAAUGGGCUUAUCUACUUGUAAGACAGCUACUCUUCGAAACAUAGGAUGCAAUCAUGCUUACUUCCAAGUUCGUGAUUCAAACCCAUUGCCUGGAAUGAUGAUCUCCCCUUCUGAAGGGGUGGUACCUGUGGGAGGCUAUGCUGAUCUCAAAAUCUGUUUUAAUCCAACUGCAAAAAUGAAUUUUGAUACAAAAGUGGAGGUAGAAGUGCGAAAUUCAGAAAUACUAAUGCUUAGGAUUGGUGGAUUUGUAGAGGUCCCCGAAAUAAACAUUGAUGUGCAGCAAUUUGACUUUGGUGGCGUUUAUGUCGGUGCUACAAAAUCAAUUCCCUUUUUGCUGCAGAACAAGGGACAUGCGUGUACCAGAGUGGAGUUUGACUUCUGUAAAUAUAAGGAUUUUGAAUUGAAUGCUGAUGACCCGUCAGUGUUUGACGGCUGUUCUUCAACGCCUUACAAGUAUUCAGUUAACUUAAAGGGAAAGUCAGCUUUGCAAUGCUUGUUGUCCUUCAUGCCAAAAGAGGUGGCGGCAUAUGACUUCACUCUUCCAGUGAAUACUCCUCUGGCUGAGUUCCCAUUGGCACAGGCAACCCGUGGAUCUGUAACUUCUGUGAGAUCUAUGCAGCAACUUCUUGGUCCUUCACCACAGAUGGUGACUGUGGCUGUUCCACUCUGCAGAGUUAAAGCAGUUGCACUUAACUCACCAUUGGAGUUCUCCACAAGGGAACUUAAAUUUUCACAACAUUCAAGUGGCUUAUAUUUCAACAUUGCUGAGGAAAGUCUGAAUUCUCAGAAGCUUGACCUGAAGAAUAUCUCAAGGCAGCAGUUGACAUGGAAAAUAUAUCAUGACAAUGUAGGCAAAAAUACAGAAGAUGAUGUUUUUAAAUUUAGUCUGCAGACUGGAUUUCUUGAUCCUGGACAAAAAAUCAGUAUUGCUGUAGUCUUCUGCCCUUCUUGUCCUGGGACAUACGUAUCUGAAAUGUCACUUUGUCUAGAUGAUAAUCCAUCACAUUACAAAAUAACAUUGUCUGGCACUGUGAAGUCACCAAAAAUAUACUUUGAUCCCCCCUUUUUAAUGCUGAUGCCAGUCCCUCUGGAUGUAAAAACUGAAACAGCCAUCAGUAUCAUUCCACAAGAUUAUAUAAGGCAAUCACGAAUUCAAGUUGAACUUCCAGAGGUUGAACUCGAAGAUGGUGAAAGGAUUUACCCUUUUUCUGUACAGUUCUCAGGACAAGAUACUGUUCUUUCUUCAGAUGGCACAAAUAGGGAACUAAUUUGUCGUAUCAGCUUCAUAUCAUCUAGGCCAGUGUCAUUUUCAGGGGAUAUCUGCUUCAUUGAUGACGAAGAAAACAGGUUCAAAAUUCAAGUUGCUGCAACAGCGGAGAAUUGCCUUCUUACUUUAUAUCCAUAUUUUGCAGUUAACUGCUCUGAUGAACAAAUUAUCUUGAGAAGCGACAUCAAGGGCCACAGUAGUGAAGUUGUUCUGCAUCCAUUCCUUACUUCACCAUCACCUGCCCGUAGUAUUUCCUCAAGUACCUUUUGUGCAACCACUGACACAAGCUAUGAAGAUUCUGAAUCAGAAUCUGAUUCUUCUGAGAGUGAUGAAAUGAUUGAAGAGAGUAAUGAAACUGGCAGUCAAAGAGAAGAAAGAGAAAAUAAAUUUUCAUUUUUUCCCAGUGAAGAUCAAGAGGAGUACAUCUUCUUUCAGAAAACCCUAACUGCUGUUAAGAAUUGGUUUACUCUCUUUGGUUGGUCUAAGGGACAAAAUCCUAUUUCAAUACCAUAUUCACUGAGACGUGAUGUGUGCAGAGUCCAGACAACGUCUUCACAAGACAAGGUUUUUAAACAAAACCGUGAGAAAGAUACUAAGACUGUUUAUGACAUGCUAUUCCAUUUGAGUGGACAAUUGUUACCAGACAUUACACCGAGCCAAGCAUUGAUCCUUGAUCCAACUGAACGAAUGUUACAGCUCCACUGCCAGCACUCUAUAUUGCUUGCUUUCCUUAAAUGCCAUGGAGCAUAUCUUCCUCAUGUUAUGCCAGAAUUUCUGCUUGAACCUGAUGAUUAUAAGAAACGGAUUAAAAUACAGCAAACUGUACUUAAGGGUCAUAUGUCUGAGUUGAAAAUAGAUGAAAAAAUCUCAGAGAUCUACAGUAACAAGCAUCUAUUAAUUCUGGAGGACAGUGUAUUUGAGACAAUGAGCAAACGAGCUUGGACAGAUGUGCUGCUGCAAAUAUACAAGGUGUUUGUUCUUCCACAUGUUUUUUCACGUAAUAUCGCUGAUCACCUCAGCUUGGAAAAUGUGCAGAACAUGCCAAGAAUAAAAUCAGAACCAUUAUCCAGUAAUAUAUAUUCUCCAUAUGAACGAACAAUCCUCACCUGGUUGAAUAAACAUUAUGAGAAGAAUCGAAAAACUGUGUGGAAAGACUGUCAAAAAGGUGAAGUACCACCAAUGAGAUGGAUAGUAAAUUUUGACCGAGAUCUUCUAGAUAGUCUGGUAUUAGCAGCACAGCUGGCAGCUUAUUGUCCAUAUUUGAUUGCUACUCACUUUGUAAGGAUGUAUACUAAGCCAAGAACUCCUGAACAGUUUCUGCACAACUCUUUGAUACUUGUGGAUGCUAUGCACGCUAUCAGUCUGGCUAUAGACAUAAAGGCCAGUGACAUCUGUGAUCCAAACCCAGUCAUGAUGCUUAUUCUAUGUGUCCACCUAUAUGAAAGUCUCCCUCACUACUUACCCAAGAAUACUAUAGAAUUUACAGGUGCUCUCCAUGCAACUGUUAUUAAACAGGUGCGUCUGAAAAACCCAAGCCGUAAAACUUUGAUGUACAAUGCUAUUCUCGUUGGAAGAGAUGCCAAUGAUUUCUCAUUACCUAAAGGGAACACUGUCACCGUUGCCCCUAAGAGACAGGCAGCUAUAAAUGUGGAAUUCACCAGUCGCUUUCUACACCCUGCUGAAGCAAUGUUGCUACUGGUCUCGAAGAAUGUGGGUGGAAUACAUGGGGCCACACUGACAUUCUCUCUGAAAUCUGAAGUCAACCAUAUUGAGCCUGCUGAUAUAUUGAAAUGCAAAUCCCCAUGUUAUGAGCUGAAGAAAGUUACCCUAAAUGUUACCAACCCCUUCAGUACUGGUGGCAUAUUCAGGGUCACUUUGCUGGAAUCCACAAGUUACUUAAUGCAGCCAGAGGAAGUAUAUAAAGCGAAGCAAGCAAAGCAAGAGCAAAUUUUCAGCUCUAAAAAUAACAUAUUACAUUUUAAAAAUGGUGCACUGCCUGAAGAUCCAAAUGAAGAGAUCAACUUAAAUUGCUCUGACCAAUCCAGCCUCCUGCAUGAGUUCUUCAGUCCAGUGGAAAAACUGUUCUUGGAAGGGAGAAGUUCUUCAGGCUUAGAUAUUCACUUCCUUCCCUUUAAUCUGGAAAAACGUUACUGUAGUGUCAUUCUGGCUAAUGAACUGGUUGGAGAAUUCAUAUAUCUGAUAGAGGGAACAGGUGAUAUACCUUUGCCUUCAGGAUUGCUUCCAAUGGAUAGUCCAAAUGUUUUGCAUGUUAGCAGUAUAUUAGAAGGUCCAAGUUCGGUAGAGCCAGUUUUAUAUUUGAAAUGUCGUCUUGAUCAGAUUCUUGAAGAAAAUCUGAAGGUUCCAGUGAUCAAUGACUCAAGAGAAAGGGCUCUGGCUAUUGCUGCACAACAGCAGAUGUCAACUAUUGAAUAUGAAAGAAGAAAGAUCACAGGGACUCUGCAGAGCAGUAGUGUUAGAGUUGCAAGUGCAUUGUUAGGACUGUCCAGAGUAGAGAGACAAGCACUCCUGAAACCUCGUAAAUUCCCGCCAGAGCUGAAGUAUGUGGAUUACAGUGUAGAAGUGAGUACGCAAGAAUUCUUUGAGGUUCCUAAGAAGCUCUCUAUUCCAGUACUGGGAUCAGGCAGAGUUAAUUUGAAAGUUCUAUCAGCAAAAGACCUUUCACCUCAGAAAACAGAUAGGAGUGAUGCAGUCGACCUUCCUAUAAAAUUCAGUCCUCGGUAUGCUGGUUGCUACCACUGUCAGAUUCUUCUGAAGUCCUCCUCUGAUGUUCGUGUUUAUGAGAUUGAAUGUGUAGUGAAUACAGACAAUGCUGAAGCAGAGCUCGAAUUUGUAACUCCAGCUUACCAAGCAGUGAAUCAGGAUAUUCCAAUUAGUAACUUGUCCAGUCAGGACUGGAAACUUGAAGCAGUUUUGGAAGGACAAGGAUUUUAUGGACCUCCUCUAAUACAUGUGGGUCUGCAUGAAACAGCUUUGUAUCCUCUCACGUUCAAGCCUAUUGUUGAGUGUGUUAUAAUGGGAAGGCUUAUUUUGCGAAAUAGCAGAGCUGGCACUGAAACCAUCUUUAACCUUAAGGGAAUAGGGAAGAAACCUCUGUCACAGGGUUGUGUUGUGAUGGAUUGCCAAGUGAGAAAUGUCAUUCAAAAAAUCUUAUGGGUACCCAAUUAUACCAAGCACAAGUUAAUAUACAAGGUAUUUUCAGAUCUUUCAAUAGUGAGUGGUGCAUCUGUUAUUACGGUACAGCCAGGUGACAAAGUUGCUUAUACUUUGACUGUGUCUCCAUGGAAACGAGGAGUCUUUCAAGGUGUAAUUUCAUUUAUUGCUGAAGUUGAAGACCAACAGCAGUCUCGACAUAACAGCUCACCAGAGAAGACAGAUGGGGAACAGGCCCUUCAGAAAUUGUCAGCAGAGACACCACAAACUGUUGAUGCAGCAAACAUGGGAGGAAGAUCUUUACAUUGCAAAGUGUGGUUCUCCUUAAAGAUUAACAGCAUACCUGCACCACCAGAAAGAAAGAUACAUGUGCAGUGCAAAGUUUUGGAUACUGUUGGAAUUCAUAUUCCCAUCACUAAUCCCUCAGAUAAAAUUCUUAAGCUGGAUGUGGUGCUGGAGAAUCAGUUACUUUGUGGACAAAAAUCUUUCAUUCUUAGUCCCAGACAAGCAUUUUUGUAUGAGCUGCAGUUUUCCCCAGUCACUGUUGGCACUUCAGAUGAAAGUGUCAUAUUCCUGUCAGACAUGAUUGAAGAGUUCUGGUAUGCGCUGAAGUUGACUGUAGAGAAACCGUUGCCAACUAAUAUACCUGAAAUACAAUGUGAACUUGGAAAAUGUUCUCGUCUAUACAUACCUCUCUUUAAUCCUACUGAAGAAACUCUGGAGCUAGAAUUUGUUAACAGCAAUCCUAGCAAUUUUUCAAUUGAGGCUGAUCCAAAACACCCUGUGAUUGUUGCUCCUCAUUCCACCACUGAAGUACCUGUGCAAUUCUGUCCGUCUGCCCUUGGAAGAGGCAAUCACAAAGCAUCAGUAACCUUCAUCUGUUCACAGCUUACAGAGUGGAUAUUUAACCUUUCGGGGACUGGUCUUCCUCCUCAGCUGAUGGAACCAACCAGCAUAAGUGCAUGUAUUGGCCAGCGUUCUUCUGUCAUGAUAUCCUUCAAAAAUCCAACUCCUGAAAACGUGGUGGUAGAUGUCACGCUGACAGAUCAAGAGCAGUCCAGUUGUCAACUCAGUUCAUCUGCCCUGUUGAAGUCCCCCAGUAAGGAAUCUGCUUUCUGUCUUCUGUUUAAACAACCACAAGGAAUCCGAUUAGCUCCAAAACAAAAACUGAACAUCCCAGUGUUAUUCAUGCCAGAUACAAUGAAAACUUAUGAGGCGGUAGUGGUAAUUCAUGUAAUGAGGGAAAAUGGUGAAAACUGGCCUUAUGAGGAUUCUGCUAAAUUAAAUAAAGACUUACAGAGUGUUACUGUAGCAGAGAAUGGGGGAAUUAAAGGAAUACUCUGGAUCUAUCCAGUUCAUGGAUUACCAGAAGCACCGCAGCAAAAAUUAGUUCCAACUGUGGUACACUGUCGAGCCAGGCAGAGAGUAGAAAGACGAGUAGAAGUGCUGCUGACUGGUGGACUUCCUGCUGCAACUGCUAUGCCUGCUGCAAGAAAUUCUGCUAUGGUUCAUACAAACAAGCCAGCCAACACCCAAGAAAAUGUUCAAGUCACUGAUGAUUUCUCUACAACAGAGGAAUUUCUGUAUGAAUUGCAAUAUCAAUCAAAUGAAAUUAAAUCUCAGCUCGAAUCUUUGGUUGGUAUGCAUCUUGUUGAAAGAGAAUGGGAUACAGAAUCCAGAAUUGCAACGCUGGUGUUUAAUAUAGUGUUUGCACCUAACAAACCAAUGAGGAAUGAAGCAACUCUUGUAGUACAGUACACUGCAGGAGGUAUUUGGAAGUUUCCAGUUCUGUUCAUUGCUUUGGAGCCAGAAGUGGAUGAUAUCAUCAACAUUGAAGCAGUUGGCCUGAAUAAGGAAUCUAUAGUUGGCUUUAAGCUUACAAGCCAGACAAGGUAA